GUCACUUUGUGCUGGAGUGCUCUCAGACACACACACACACACACACACACACACACACACUCUGCAGUGGAAAGGGCAUAACAACUGGACUUUUAUGAAUACCGGUAAGCAACAGAAGCCAGUGCUUACAGGCCAACGGUUUAAGACCAGGAAAAGGGAUGAAAAGGAGAAGUUUGAGCCCACGGUUUUCAGAGACACAAUCAUUCAGGGCCUUAACGAAGCUGGCAGUGAUCUCGAUGCUGUAGCCAAGUUUCUGGAUGUCACCGGUUCAAGACUGGACUACCGUCGCUAUGCUGACACUCUGUUUGACAUCCUCAUCGCCGGGAGCAUGCUCGCACCCGGAGGAACACGCAUUGAUGAUGGUGACAAGACCAAGGUGACUAUCCACUGUGUGUUCACUACAGAGGAAAAUCACACCGCCGCUCGCAACUAUGCUCAGGUUUUCAAUAAAUUGAUCAGGAGAUACAAGUAUCUGGAGAAGGCUUUUGAGGAGGAAAUAAAAAAGCUGCUUCUCUUCCUGAAAGCCUUCAGUGAGUCUGAGCAGGCAAAAUUGGCCAUGCUGACGGGCAUCUUGUUGGCCAACGGCACACUGCCACCUGCCAUUCUUACCAGCCUCUUCAGUGAUAACAUAGUGAAAGAAGGAAUCGCUGCUUCCUUUGCAGUGAAGCUAUUCAAGGCAUGGAUAGCUGAGAAAGAUGCCAAUGCAGUGACUUCAGCCUUGAGGAAGGCCAGUCUGGAUAAGAAACUUCUUGAACUCUUUCCUGCCAACAAGCAAAAUGUGGAGCACUUUUCCAUGUACUUUAAUGAAGCUGGGCUAAAGGAGCUGUCAGACUACCUCCGUGUGCAGCAGUCUUUGGGCACCCGCAAGGAGCUGCAGAAGGAACUGCAAGAGCGUCUUUCUCAGGAGUGUCCCAUCAAAGAGAUUGUGGUGUACGUGAAGGAGGAAAUGAAGCGAAAUGAUCUGCAGGAACAGGCUGUGGUUGGUUUACUCUGGUCCUGCCUUAUGAAUGCAGUGGAGUGGAACAAGAAAGAAGAGCUGGUUACUGAGCAGGCCCUCAAACACCUAAAGCACUACGCUCCUCUGCUGGCUGUGUUUAGUUCUCAGGGUCAAUCUGAACUGGUCUUGCUACAGAAGAUUCAAGAGUACUGCUAUGACAACAUCCACUUCAUGAAAUCAUUCUCGAAGAUAGUGGUGCUGUUCUACAAAGCUGACGUCCUUAGUGAGGAAGCCAUUUUAAAAUGGUACAAAGAUGCCCAUGCUGCCAAAGGGAAAAGUGUCUUUCUAGAGCAGAUGAAGAAAUUUGUGGAGUGGCUUCAAAAUGCAGAGGAAGAGUCUGAAUCCGAGAAAGAAGAUUAGGGAAAGAAGACGAGUAAAGAUCGCUGCAAACUGCUUUCUGAGGCUGGCCUGUUAGCGCGCUGUAGUUCGAAGAGUUCUGGGCACUCAAGCACAAUCAGCAGAGAAGCCAUUGAUAUAAUUUUAAUAGAAGACGCAUAUUUUUUGCCAAUACUGUUCAGGCAGUCAGUAAAUGAGCUUCUCACAUAUUCAGCUGAAUAAAUGACUGCUUUUUAUUAAUUAAAGGUUUUUUAUAUAUAGAAUUUGCUGUUAAAAUGUGUCACUUUAAACAUAAUUUUAUUUUUUACUGAUGUGGGGGAUUAGAGGUUAAUAGUUUUUUUUUUCUCCCUUGACAGUAUAGUGAAAAUAUAGAAGAAUAUUAUUUUAUAUUCAAAAAUAAUUAUUUUUGUUUACCAAUAAACAAUCCUUUAUAAAGUUCAAAUGCUUAAUUGGUGUAAAUCAAACACUAUAUUUUAUCUGACUGUUCUGUUUUUUGACAUUUUGGUUUGUCUUUAGCAACAAAUUCCAAUUUCACAGUAACAUUUUACUUAAAUGAUCAUCACGUACUUCUUUUUUUUAAACUUGGGUAAAGAUUAAAGUUAUUUUUUUUUUUACUUUUAGUGACUGUUCAUUGUCAGUCCAAUAACUUCUGGAGAAAAGCAAUGACUUUGUUAAGCAAUUAUAACAUUUUCGGAAUACUUAAGAAAUACUGUAUUAUUAAUGUUAGUCUAAAUAAAGCAGCAGAAAUCAGUCUGUAAAAAUA